AUGGCCUCAUCAGGUUUUGAUAACUUUGACGUAGAAUUAACCGAAGAGGAUAUUCCCGGUGCUUCCUUAGCUGGAAGAAUACCUUCUAAGCUAAAGAUGGACGAGCUUCGUUUUUGGUUAAAAUGUCGUGGUGAUUCGUGCAAAGGCCUUAAAACGAAGGCACAAUUCGUAAAACGGUAAGCUUAAAAAAUUCUACAUGUGUCAAUAUGGACUCGAUUUUGCGCUGUGUUGAUAUUAUGUUUUCGUUUUUCAUUGAAGGGUUGACGAGUAUGUAAAAUCAGGCCGCGACAAGAGCAUCGUUGACCCUGACGAAAACAAGAUAUUUUCGAAAAGAAAAGCGAGAAAACAAACUUCCCAAGAAAUCGAACCGGAUACUAACGAAUUGGAAAACACAUUAAAUACAAGUCGAGUUAUCUACCCGACAAACAGUUGGUCGACUUCUCUGAGUCGUAUGCCUUUAUUUACUCGUGCAGAGAUGAACUUGCAUAUCUCAAAAUCUGGCAAGUCCUUCUAUCCACAUAGCAAAAAUCAUACAGUUCCAACAUGUAUGAGAAGAGCCAAAACAUUUCUAGAUGAUGAAUACCUAAAAGACGUGUUAGCCAACAGCGACGAGAAACACUUUUAUUGUAAAUGUCUGUGCUAUCACAGCUUCAAAAAGAAUGAACCACCGCACAAGUUGAAGGUUGCUUUGGACAUUGUAUCUGCAGAGGUCAAAAAUGCUCAAUGUUCCUGUGUUGCAGGAAAGAUUGGUUUCUGUAUUGUUUUCCCCCUGAGGGGGGGGGGGUGCGGGCGACCCAGGGGACUUUGACCACACUAUGAAGCACCAGGGAGGGGAAUUUGACCUAUGCAUCAACUCCCAGAGUCGGGAAAUUUUGACAUCCGCCAUCUUGAAAAUUUGCGCGGUUUUGACAUUAAAGGCCUGGUAACAAGUAUGGCGGAGAACCACGAUCAAGUUUCGUCGAUAAAGGUAUUUUAUACACAGUGUCUCAAUUUUUACCAAGUUUAAACCAGUAUAGACUGUAUGUUCGCAUUGGAAAACAUAUGUGUGCCUUGUUAUCUUAGGAAAUAUAGUGGGGAAUUUUGACAGCCGUUCCUUGCCCAACAGUGGGGAUUUUGACGACAAAAUUUUAAAAAUGUCAAAAUUCCCCUGGGUUGCCCGCACCCCCCCCCCCUCAGGGGGAAAACAUUGAUAGGUGCAUAAUCAUGUGUUGGCUUUAAUGUUGAAAAUAUGCAAGUUUAGCCUUUAUGAUUGUAAAGAUGUUUCUGAAUUAAAUAAAGACGAUGACAUGCUACCCACAGAAGCUUGCACGUCUAGUUUACAGACGUGGCACAGAAAGGGUAGAGGAGAUUCUAUACAGCCGCAACCAGUUAUGGAAGUUAAUGUAAAGAAAACGAAGCUUGAUUAUAACACUUCGAAUUCCUCUGGUAGUCAAUCUCUACGUAAAAAAUCAGGCGUCCAGUGUAACUUGUUCGAAGCUCGGGCAAACUUGAGGACCCAGAAAAAAGAUGAAUUAAAUUUACAGCAAAAUCUUGAACGAUUACACCCUUCGACGGCUUUAGCACAAAUCAUGAAUGAUGCUGAUCAUGCUGGUGAUCAAGAUGACUAUGUGGAAACAUUGUAUGGUAAGAGUCCGGGAGGGUCUUAUGCAAGCUAUCAACUUUCCUUAACAGAGUCUAAUUUCAAUGUUUUCUGUGACAUAAAUUCUGUCUCAAGAAAAACUCUACAUGAUAAGGAAAACAUUGACACAACCUUAUAUCCAAUCUUUCCAAUUACUGAUAUACCUGAUUUUAAAUGCCCAAACAGUUGCAGUCAAUCUGAAAAGAAGUUUAUCGAACAAUUAUGUGUUACUGAGGGCAAGCUGAAUGAUAUUGAAAAGAAAACAAGGGCUCAAGCCCAGUCUGCAGAAUGGAAAUGUGAAAGAAAGUACAGGUUAACUGCCUCAAACUUUGGACUUAUCACUAAAAGGAAAAGAAAUCAUGAUUCUCUUGCAAAUAACUUGCUCAAUCCAAAGCCCUUUAAUUCAAAGUACACAGCCCAUGGCAACAAGUAUGAGUCAACUGCAUUGCAACAAUACCAGAAAUAUAUGCAUGCAAUUGGAAAACCUGUAGUGUUAUUCAAAUCAGGGUUUGUUGUAUGCAAAGAUGCACCUUUCCUUGGAGCUUCUCCAGAUGGGAAAGUUAUUGAUGCAGGAUGCAGUGAACCCUAUGGUCUUGUCGAGGUAAAAUGCCCUGAGACAAAAUACAGGGUAACUCCUUUAGAUGCCUGUUCAGAUCCAAAGUUUUGUUCACAUGAAGUUGCUGGAAUACCACAACUCAAGCAUGACCAUGAUUACUAUGCUCAGAUACAAGGUCAACUAGGAGUGACACAAGCAAAGUGGUGUGAUUUUGUUAUAUAUACUGACAAGGGACUCAGCAUCGAGAGAAUUAAAUAUGAUCACCAGUACUGGAUAAAUAUGAGAAAUAUGUUGCAGUCAUAUUACUUUGAUCAUUUCAUCAAUUUGGCAACUACUGAAUACAAUGCACAAUAG